AUGGACAAAUCAGAAAAAAAUGAAAUCACAUACGAAUACACAAAACGUAGAAGGGAAUUUGGAAAACAAACCCUAUUUGAAGAUUAUGGUCCAGAAAUGUGUGUCAGUAUUCCCUGUAAUCCAAACUAUUAUAAAAAUUACAUACUACGGAAUCCUGUGCAUGUUGCCAUACAAAAUACUUCAACCAUGUCGGAGCAUUGGGUCAAUUCAGUAAGAGCGGAAUAUACAAAUUCUGGUAUUAAUCAUAUAGAAGGUGGUUGGCCUAAAGAUAUCAACAUGAACGAUCCCGAAGCCACGCAGAGAUACCGACGCAAAAUUGAAAAAGAUGACGCUUAUAUUCAUGCCGUUAUGCAUCUUGGCCAUAGCAUGGAGCACAAUAUUUUGCAAAACAAUGCAGUAGACAUGUAUCAAAUAUACUAUUCGGAACUUCCAACGAUUCCACCGGUAGAAAAGAGCAGCUGCCAUACUGUGAACGUGUAUAGAGAACCCGGCACUAGGAGGCCAGUAAGAGCUCUCUCAUGGCAGACUGAUGGUGGAGCUAGACUGGCAGCGGCACACGCUGAUGUUGAUUUUAUGAGAAACAACAGAACGUUGCAAUUCUCAUACAUUUGGGAUAUAGAAAAUGCUAACGCACCAGAGCUAAAAAUAAAGCCGCCCCAACCAUUGCUGGAUUUGCAGUACAACCCACGCGAUCAACAUACACUUGUUGGCGGUAUGAUGAAUGGGCAGGUAGGCUGGUGGGACACUCGUAAAGGUGGCGAUCCGGUUGGACUUUGCCCACCGCACAUGGCUCAUCGCGAUCUCGUGCGUAACGUUUUGUUCAUAAAUUCGAAAACUGGUGCAGAAUUUUUUUCCUCGUCUCCUGACGGUGUUGUUAAAUGGUGGGAUACACGAAACAUGAGCGAGCCUACCGAUUCCAUGAUAAUUGAUCUAGUAAAAUUACCGACCGACGCACAGAAUAUGGAAAAGGCUUUAGGGAUCUCUGCUUUAGAAUAUGAACCAACCAUACCGACUAGAUUCAUGGUGGGAACGGAAACCGGUCUAGUAAUCGGAGCAAAUCGUAAAGGAAAAACACCGAUAGAGAAGCUACCUUCUAAAUAUGAAGCUCAUCUUGGACCAGUUUAUGCUCUUCAACGGAAUCCGACCUUUUUGAAAAAUUUUCUGACUGUAGGAGAUUGGACUGCUCGUGUAUGGAGUGAAGACUGUCGAGAAUCAUCAAUUCUAUGGACUUAUUCUCACCGAACAAAACUUACGGAUGGCGCAUGGAAUCCUAUCAGGUUUUCGUUGAUGUUAGUGACCCAGUGGGACGGAUGCCUCUCUUGUUGGGAUCUGUUGCGAAGGCGAAGCGCGCCCAUAGUGACUGCGCAACUCUGUGAUGAACCACUCUUACGUCUACGUCCACAUGAAGGAGGACUACUAGUAGCAUGUGGUAGCAGCAAGGGAACUAUUUAUUUAGCAGAACUAUCACAAAAUCUUGGAACGGCCGACAAAAAUGACAAACAACUUCUCACACACAUACUAGAACGAGAAAACAAACGUGAACGUAUUCUGGAAGCGCGUAUGCGAGAACUCAGAUUGAAAAUGCGACAAGACCGUGACGGUGGACAGGCUCAAGUAACAGAGAGUGACGCAACGAAUAACGAGAGAGAUCUAGAGGAAGCAACUGCAGAAUACAACCAAACUAUUAACGAAUUGAUGGCCCAACGAAAAGUCCAUUAA